UGAAGUCCUCUGCAACAAGAAUAAAACUAUCCUGAGCAACAAGGACACCCUGCAGUUUUCUAAACUUGCCGACACCCUUGAAACAAUUGCAGAGGAAGGGGCAGAUGCCUUUUACACCGGCAGGAUAGGACAUGACUUGAUCCAAGACAUAAAAGCUGCAGGUGGAACAUUAACAAUGGAAGACCUGAAGUCUUACAAAGAGCAGGUGGUCAGUCCAUGGACGGUUUCUUUGGGACCUCAUCAGAUGUACAUCGCUCCACCACCUGCUGGGGGGGCGCUGCUGGCUUUCAUUCUCAGAAUUAUGAAAGGGUUCUCGCUGACUUCAGACUCUCUGGUUGGUGAAAAUAAGAUUCAGAUGUACCAUCGUUAUAUAGAGGCAGCUAAGUUUGCUAAUGGACAAAAGAAGCACAUUCGAGAUCCUGCCUUCUUCGGUAACGGCAAGGUUGCUGAUCACUUGAUUGAUCCUUCUUUCGCCGAUCGUAUCAGGAGGAUGAUAUCAUCACUUCGCACCCAUAAUGACUCCUAUUACAGCAACAUCAAGCCUCCGUCCGAUAAUUUUGGAACAACCCAUGUAUCUGUCCUGGAUAAGGAUGAACUCGCCGUCUCAGCCACCAGCACCAUAAAUCAGCUGUUUGGAGGAGCAGUUUACUCUCCACGAACGGGAAUCAUCCUCAACAACGAGCUUGCUGACUUUUGUGGAAGAGUAGAUUCAAUAAGUGCAGGUGAACGGCCGCCCUCCUCUAUGACUCCUGUUAUCCUGGAGAAAAGCUCUGGAGGGAUCCUUGUGAUGGGCGGUUCAGGAGGAAGUAUGAUCACCUCAUCAGUGGCCUUGUCCCUAAUAAACCGUCUAUGGCUGGGGAUGAGCUUAAAAGCUUCUAUUGAUGCUCGUAUAAUCUUCGUCGACUCAAAGAACGUUGUGAAUUUUGAACCAGAAUUUGAUGAGUCUGUGAAAGAAGGCCUCAGGGCUCUUGGACACCAAGUUGGGAACUGGAAAUACUUCCUAAAUGUGGUCAAUGCCUUGGAAAAGGAGAACGGUUGCAUAGAGGCCGUGUCGGACCGCAGGAAGUUGGGAAUGGCAGCAGGAUAUUGAUCUCGAGGAUCAUGAGUAACCCUCCGCAGAUAUCUUUUCUUGGACUAACUGAACCUUUAGGCUUGGAGCCAGUGAAUGUGGUGCAGCUCUCAAAAACUGAAUGUGAAUGAUUUUUAUAUUUCUACUGUAUGCAUUUUGUGAAGAAGGAUGCACGGCCAGGAGUUCAAAUUGUCUGACUUGGAGAUAAAAAAAAUGCUGUUGAUUUACUCCACUUGUUCAUUUAAAAAAAAGUGACUGAAUGCAGGCACACAUCCAUGUAGCAUUUUUAUAAUACUUCAUGAAAGUAAUCAGACAAAAUUGGUGGUCGGGCUAACUCCAUCUAGAUGUUUCAUAUGAAGACAGAGCAACAUAAUGAUGUGAUUAAUGUACAUUCCACCAUCAUCCAGCCAACACCUUUCUCUUUUUGUUCAUGUGUUUUGACAUGUAUGCUUGUGCAGCUACAGCACUGUGCAAAUUUUUUCAACCUGUCCAGUUUCUUUAUAUGUUCCUUUCAAAAUGACCGUUCUUUGUAAUCUUUUAAAAUCAGUCUUGAUCCCUGUUCGUGGCUUGCCAGGCUCUCUUGAGGUAUUUUAAAGUUUUGGGUGUGAUUCAGGCUGCUUAUUCAUACAUUUACCACCCACUCAGGUCAAGUGCCAGGUCUAAAGCUUUACCUACAGCUUUUUAGCAAUGUCCAAAAGUCACGCCUUUCAGAAAAAGGGGCAAAUAUCGAGCAAAGAGCAGAGACGGGACCUGAGAGAUGCAUCACCGUUCUGUUGAUCGUCAUACUCCAGAGUAUGAUGAACACACCCUUUUAAGUUUUGCAAAACAAUAACAGUAUUCCAAUAAUAACGAAUAAAUAACCAGCCUAAAAAUUGUUGUAAUAAGCAUAAGUCCAAAGAAAGAAACGGAAAGAUCUUGAGUCAAUACCACUCUAAAAGAUCUGAAAAAUGUCCUCCUUGCUUAAAGGAAAACUCAGAAGAAAUGACGGAUGGCUUAAAAUUUUUUGCACAGUACUGCAUUAGUAUUUAGAGACCGAAAAAAACUGAGAUGCUGUUUUCUAAAGAGCACUGUUUCAUUUGUUCACAGCAGCUGGGUAUAAACAUUUGUGGAAAGACUGACUUUACAGUCUGCAAUUAUCACUUUGCAUUGUUGACCAAUGUACGUCUGUAAUGUGUAGUGCUAUAACUGAAUUUGUUUUAUUUUCCGACUGACUUAGGAUAUUUUUUGUUGGGCCUCCCCACCAUAUAUGAGCCAUUUAACCUUUUUUAAAAGGAAAUCCUGAGAUACUUCUACUGUGACCUUCAGCAUUACUGUAUGUGAGAAAGCCAACGAUUCAAACUAAUGUUCUUAAUUCAAUAUACUGUAAAAAUAUCUUUUUACUAAAGCAAUUUUUUUACUUUGUGUUUUUGUUGAUGUAUUUUUAUAGACUUGUUUGUGACUGCUCACUUUGUAUUUUCUUGUUUCCACAUUAAAAAACAUUCACUUGA